AUGAUCACCAUAGAGGCCACUGCUCCUGGAGGCUCUGAGCAGGCCCUGUUCAUUAAAGCGGGGACGUGUUAUAUAAGAGCCAAUAGAGUCGUAGAGGCCAAAGGAAGGACACAGUGGCUCUGGGCUCUGGAGUCAAAGUGCCCAAUGUUACAGGCUCAUUUGAAUGGCUCAGUGUGGAGUAACCCUCAGGGUAUCUGGACAGCGACGGUGGACACCAAUCUGGAUGGCCAAAGGGGUUUCCUGAGGCUGAAUGCAAGGCCCUGGCCGGAGCUGACUGUGGAGGGCGAGCUCACUCACAACCUUCCUGCUCUCAAAGACUUACCUGAGCACAGCAGACUGAGAGUCACCUGCAGGGCUGGAAAACAACGAUAUGACACUGAAGCCGUCAUACAGACGGAGGAGUGCACUGUGGGAGCCAGUGGGGUUGUGAUGUCACAGCCUGGCCUGCGGGGGUCGCUGGUGUAUCACAACAACUGCACAGUGAUUCAGGAGUGGGGUAGUCCGGACGGGAUGCAGUCCUCUGUGUUGUUGGUUGUCUCCCCAACUGUUGCAGAAUCUCAGGUCUCCAUGACAAUGGAUGAUGCAGAGUUACAGGCGUCAGUGGCUCUUAAGAAAAAUAAGAGACAAAGGACGUGA